UCAAAUUCGUAUUCGUGCUGAAGAUAGCAACUUUAAACGUCAAAAUUGUCAAUAAAUAAUUUGAGGUUAUGUGUUUUUUUGGGGCGGUUCAAGUUCAACUAUAAACCAAAAUAACAAAAAAUCGUUUAUAGUUAAUCAAUUGAUGAUUGCGUUUGAUUAACGUGCUAAAAUGGCUCAAUCAUCGGAAGUGGCGAAGCUUCAGCAACAUUUGCAGCUGCUCAAGCAGGAGUACUCCAAAUUGCAAGUGAAAUAUAGAGAAAUAGAGUACAAAUACAACACGUUGAUAGCGUCCGAUAUUAAAAAUACCGAUGACACGUUCGCCUCGAGACUCUUAAAGUUAAUCAAUAAUUUAUACGAUUCGGAAACCUACACGGACAUUAAAAUCAAACUCAAAGACAGAGUGAUCAACGCCCACAAAUUGAUACUCAACGCCAGAUCGAACAGAUGGAACGAGACCGAAUUGAACAACAAAUCCGAGCUGGACUGGUCCGAUAUGGAUCCGGAAGUGGCCAAUUCCAUCCUCCUCUGGAUCUACACCAACAACUUGAACCUCUCCUCGUCCGUGCUGACCCUCAACCUGAUCAAGAAAGCCCACGAAUUCAAACUCGACAGCCUCGUCGAGCUGUGCGAGCAGUUCCUCAUAUCCGUCGUGAACAUCAGAUCGUGCGUGAAGUUCUACUCGGUGGCCGAAGAAAUCGACGCGGCCAAUUUGCGCGAGUACUGCUCGGGCCUGAUCUCCGCGCAUUGGGACGAUCUGAACGCCUCCGACUUUGAGCACAUGUCCGGCCCGUUGCUCUACAAAAUGCUCAAGAGCAAGACCCAGUAUCCACUGCAUUCGGCCGUUCGAUUGCAACGAGAGGACGUCGUGUUUCUCUGUUUGGUCGAAAACUCAUCCAGGUUGACCGACAUCGUGAAUUUGUGGAGUCCGACGGGGGAAUUACCGCUGGAUUUGGCGCUGCGUUCGCACAACGACAGCAUAGCGGCGACGCUGGUGCAACACAACGCCGAUAUCAACAUACGCGACGCCAACGGCGACGCCCUCUUGCACAGGGCCAUCAAGAAAGAGGACUCCUUCUCGGCCUUGUUUCUGCUCGAGCACAACUGCGACGCCACAUUGUCCACCAGGAACGAAAACGAUUCGCCUUUGCAUCUGAUAGCCGGCGCUAACGAAAUUGAAGAUUGCGAAAAAAUCGCCGAGAAGUUGUUGAAUAAAAACGUCAACGUCAACUCUCAGAACAGGCAGGGAUUCACUCCCCUGCACAUCGCCGUGCAAGCCGACAACAGACCCAUCUUCCAGUUGUUGCUCAAACAGGACUACGUCAACGUGAAUUUGAAAACGACCGAAGAACACCCGCCCCUCUACUACGCCCUGUUGAAAUACGAAUCGGGCGACGACGGCGACGACUCCUACGCGACGCUGUUGCUCGAACGCGACGCCCACACGUCGCCCGUGUACUCCGAUACGUGCAACAAUCUGUUGCAGGUGCUUGUUUUGAACGGCGCCGAAAAGGCGGCUUUGUAUUUGAGCGCGAAGAUCGAGGACAGUUUGAACCAUGUUAACAUCGAGGGCGAAACGCCGUUACAUUUGGCCUGUUCGAAAAACUAUUCCAAGUUAGUACGAUGCAUGCUCGAACGCGGCGCCAAUCCGAAUUUACUAACCAACGAAAAGCGACAGUCGCCGUUGCAUUACGCCGUGAAAAACAACGCGGAAAGUUGCAUCAGGGAGUUGAUCGAUUACAACCAAACCCUGGCCUCUUUAGGGGACAAAAAGGACGCGAGACAGCCGUGCAAUUUCAACAAUCGAGACAUCGACGGAGAAACGCCGAUCAGUUUGGCAUUGGACGAAGGUUACAAUCAUUUGGUGCCCGUAUUGAUCGAAGGCAAAGCGGACAUUAACGUGAGAAACAGCAAAGAUCUAACGUUGCUACAUCAGGCGAUUCUGAAGGAGGAUUCCCAAACGGCGUUGUUCCUCCUAAACAACGGCGGCGACAUUAACGCCGUCACCAGCGACUACGAGACGCCCUUGCAGCUGGCGAUCCACUGCCGUCUGCCGGACGUCGUCGACGCGCUGUGCAGCAAAGGCGUCGACAUGUCGGCGCCGGACAGGGCCGGCAGCUGCGCCCUGUGGGCGGCGCUCGAUUCGGGCCAGGAGGACGUGGCCAGCGUCAUCGAAUCGGCGGCGAUAUUUCUGAUACAGGCCGGUUGCGAUUUGAACCUGUCGAGGAUACCGGGCGUGAACGGCGAAGGCGGCGAGGAGGCGUUCGAUAAAAAGUCCCCGUUGCAUUUGUGCUGCCAAUGGGGACUCGAACCCGUCGUUCGGACGUUGGUGGAGCACCGGGCGAACGUGAACAUCAGAGACGCCGAGAACAAGACGCCGUUGCACGUCGCCAUCGAGAACCAACAGGACGAGAUCAUAUCGCUGUUGCUGAGCGUGCCCGAGAUCGAUUUGAGCCUCAGAGACAGGCACGGCCUGAGCCCGUUCGCCGCCGCGCUGACGCACCGGAACAACAAGGCCGCCCAGGCCAUUUUGGAUAAGCUGCCGAGCGCCGCCGAACAGUUCGAUUCGAGAGGUCAGAAUUUCCUGCACAUAGCGAUCAAGAAGGGCGACAUCGAAAGCGCCCUGUUCCUGUUGACGGUGCAAGUCGACGUCAAUUCGAGAGUGCAGGAUCCGAUGCGUACGGCCCUGCACGUGGCGGCGGAGGCGGGAAACGCGCCCGCCGCCGCGGCGCUGUUGCAAAACAACGCCGACUACGACGCCGUCGACGCCGAGAACGACAACGCCUUGCACAUCGCCGUGCGCGAAGGGCAUUUGAACGUGGGUAGGAAUCCGCUACACGAACUUUGUAAAUACGGUAAAGAAAAUGCGGCGACGAUUUGCGAAUUUUUCUUAGAAUGCAUGCCGAAUUAUCCGAUAAAUACGCCCGAUAUAAUGGGAAAUUCUCCUUUACUUUUGGCUUAUAUGAAGGGAAACGGAAAUUUGUGCCGAGUAUUAGUCAAAGCGAAGGCCUGCCUAUCGUCCGAAAAUUUGGAAAGGAUCACCAUAUUCAAUUAUCAGGUACCCACGAAGCAGCUGUUGAACAGACUGCUGGACUCGCUGGCCCAGCCGGCGCCCUGGACGAACACGGACUCCUGCCAGGAAUGCGGCGAUCACUUCACGUUCCUGAACCGGUCGCAUCAUUGCAGGCACUGCGGCCGGGCCCUUUGUUCUAACUGCUCCAACGCCGAGGUGCCCAUCGUCAAAUUCGGCGAGGCCAAGCCGGUCAGAGUGUGCCGGGUGUGCUUCGACGUGCUCAAAACCGGCGCCAGUUAACUCCCGACUAACAACAACAACAAAAAAAAAGAAGAAAUUUUCGAACGUGCCUGGGUGCCUUGCGCGCGCGCUGUUGUAACAUUCCGGCGGUCGACGUGUUUAAAUAGUCGAUGGAAAUACGUGUUUUGUAUUGUAUUUUGUACAUUCCGUACGUUUAGUUAGGGCGCUGUAGGCGCGAGUGUUCGGAACCGUCCUCCAUUUUAUAUAGGGUGUCCAGAUAAUAGAUGUCAAUAAUUCGGGAGCGUAUAAAUGACAUCAAAAUAAGGGUACAACUUCAUAUAAAUUUUGUUAAUUUGAGCCACCAUUUUUGAGCUAUAGGCCUUUAAAGUUGAAAAUUUAAAACUUAUUUUUAGGUUUUAUGUCCAAGUUAUACAUGGGAACAAUAUAAAAUUUUUGUGGUUCAUUAUAAAAUGAUAAAAUGAAUCCUACACUAUUCUCUGGAAGACAGUGGCGGCGUGUUCCUAGUGAUUAAAAAUUCGUAACUUUUGUGGGGACAAUCUGUAUAACACAAACUUAUCGUAAAUACAUUCUUUAGUCGAUAAACUAACAAAAAUCUACUCUUGUUUGAAGUCGAUAAAAUUAACGGUUUAAGAGAAAUUUCAAUUUCUAUUUUCAGACUUCUAUUUUUCUAUAUUCAGACUUCUAUUUUCUGGACACCCUGUAGUUGGUUGUUUUGAUGUGGAGUCAAAAUGGCGGUCGGUUGGGGAUACACCUGUCAAUGGUACACUAAUUUACUCGAUUGGAUUCGGUUGAAUAACUUGAUUUUUGUGCAGUUAAACCGAUAAGAUUAAUCCUUGGGUAAAUUAGUAACCUUUGACUUGUAUGUAGAGUUUCGAUUUUGUAAUUUACAAUCCACUAUUAUAAACAAAUUGUAUAUAUUUUUAUGUAAUGCAUACGCUUUAUAAUAUAAUUCCAUUAAUUCAUACAGUGGGUUGUAAUGUAACUACCAUAAGAUAUCGAACCAAUCAUUAUACAGGGUGUUCCUAAACAUCGUGUACAUCCGAAAAGGGGUGAUUCCUUGGCUUAUUUUAUGACUAAAAUUUCAUAUAAACAUAGAUCCGCAAACGGUUCGUUACUAAUCUACAGGGUGUUCAAAUU